GCCAAUUUGCACCUCACAUAGUCACAUUCGAUUUCAUUUCUCCCAAUCCACUCACAUUCACGGUGGUUCCAGAGCAAUCUGCUAGUCCUAGUUUAGCAAGCAAAAGCAAAUGGAAGAAGUGAGAAAUCAGCAGGUGAUCUUUAAGGAUUACGUUAAUGGCUUCCCCAAGGAAUCAGACAUGCCCCUUAAAACUUCCACCACCAUCUCCCUCAAGCUCCCACAAGGUUCCAAUGGCGUCCUCGUAAAGAAUCUUUAUCUCUCCUGCGAUCCUUACAUGCGUGGUCGGAUGAGCAAAACUCAAGGCAGUUACUUUGAACCCUUCACUCCUGGUUCGCCAAUAACAGGACUAGGAGUGGCUAAAGUUGUAGAUUCUGGGCAUUCAAACUUCAAGAAAGGUGACCUUGUUUGGGGAGGAACUGGAUGGGAACAAUACACCAUUAUCACCACUCCCCAGACCCUUUUCAAGAUUCAAGAUACAGAUGUCCCUCUUUCCUAUUAUACAGGAAUCCUUGGUAUGCCUGGUAUGACUGCUUAUUAUGGCUUCUAUGAGAUUUGUGCUCCGAAGAAAGGAGAGUAUGUCUUUGUUUCAUCCGCUUCGGGGGCAGUCGGUCAGCUUGUCGGGCAGUUUGCGAAGCUGACCGGAUGUUAUGUUGUUGGGACUGCUGGAACCAACGAAAAGGUUGAGCUGCUGAAAAAUAAAUUUGGAUAUGAUGAGGCUUUUAACUACAAGGAAGAGCAAGAUCUUGAUGCAGCUCUCAAGAGGUACUUUCCGGAAGGAAUUGAUAUAUACUUCGAGAAUGUUGGUGGGAAAAUGUUGGAGGCGGUGCUUUUAAAUAUGAGAGUAAAUGGACGGAUUUCGGCUUGUGGAAUGAUCUCACAGUACAACUUAAAUCAAGAGGAGGGUGUGAGGAAUUUGUCAAGCAUAAUAAUGAAACGACUUCAUAUAAAAGGGUUUAUUGUAAGUGAUCAUUUUAAUUUGCUUCCAAAGUACAUGGAAAUGGUUAUACCAUUGAUAAAAGAAAGGAAGAUAUGUUACAUUGAAGAUAUUGUAGAGGGGCUUGAGAGUGCACCGGCGGCUUUGGUCGGGCUUUUUUCGGGAAAAAAUGUUGGCAAGCAAGUCGUGGUUGUGGCUCGGGAAUGAGUCGAUAUGGUUGGGGUUUAGCCUUAAUGCUAUACAUAUGAGGGGUGUUAUUAUGAUGAAUAAUGAAAAACUUUACAUAAAUAUAGUAUUUUUGUUGUUUUUGCGUACUUGUCCUAACAGUAAUAAAUGAAAUUGCACAACUUUCUUUAUUACUCUAA